AUGCCCUCCACAAGUCUGCUCCUCCUCAGCGCAGCUGCACUACUGCACAGGGCAGCAGCAAUAAGAGUUCGUGCGCCCUCGGGAAUAGCCGUGCCUGCAAGCGGCACUUGCGCCAAUACAUUCGGUCCGAUCUCUGUUGCGGAAGAAGACAUUGACUACCCCUACUACAAAGAGAGCACCACCUACACCUGGAGCGCUUUACCUCCGCCUGACGCAAUACAGCUGGAUGGAAAUGGCAACCCGCUGCCGGUCAAGCUGCACCUUUUCACACAGUUCGAAAACACGAGGCGACUGUGGCCUGAUCUCUACUUCACGCCCGCCGGUACGGAGUCGCCGGUAGCCACGGUUCCGGCACGGUUGAGCAUCGGUUCCGCGGAGCUCCUCGAAGCUGACAGCUCGACUGGCACGAGCGGGAUUUUCGGUGACACGGACCACGCCGAUUCCGAAUGGGCCGAGCAAGGAUGGCAACAAAGAGAAACGUGGCCGAAGGAAAAAGUAGACUUCAAGCUCCAGUACAAACCGCGGAAGUCGCUAAGUUUCGUACCGAAAUCGGCGAUAAUAGAGGGUAGGCUCGAAACGGAGAACCUGAAACCUACCUUCACCUUUGAAUUCGUCGAGCGAGAGUCGUCGCCCGUAACUGGCGAUGGGUGGCUCGUCUACAAGCAAGUGAUUCGCUAUUUUAGGAGUCGCUUUUUGUUUCAACACGACCAGAACUACCCAAUGUGGUUAGUGUCUGCCAAGCCGAACUAUCUGGGCGAGUUGACCUUUGUGUACGUCGAGAAACCUCCAAAAUGCAGCGUCACACACAUGAUCAAGAUGACCCUGGGCAAAGCAGAGAUGGAACCGACACCGCUCCCGGCCCUGCUUUUAUCCGCGCGGAAUAGGAGCGCGAUUUGAUUACGUUGCCUCAUCACGUGUUGUUUUCACGCCGGAGCAGGACCGAAAAGUUUCAUUUUAUUCGAAUGAAUCAAUAUUUUUCAUCCGCAACUUCGGUUGUAUGAUAAUGCACAGUCACCGAUGGAUUUUUCGGUGCAUCUGGUUUUAAUAUUACCUCUGCGAAAGUGAAACCCCAGAUCUGCUUCGGGCAGAUGUCUGCCAAGCAAAAAGUGUUUUACAUAGGUAUGAGAUUGUGUGAUAGUACACUUGUCAGGAACUCUAGAGGCGCUUCCAAAAAAUUUCCGUAGCGGUCUCAGCAGGGUUUUGCGAUUUAAUACGAAGACGGAAAUUAUCCAUGAGUACGAC